GGGGGGGCAUCAAGACAACUCGUCGUCAAUACCGUUGCAAGAUGGCCAACUUGUGACGCAACGUUCUCCCGCUCCCACACUGCCCAAUAAAGAAGGGGGGGGGGAAACCACAGAAGAAGAAAAAAAAGCGGAAGUUCGCGUCCCUCCAAAACAAACGACAGACGACGAACGACGAACGACGAGGUGAACCCUUGACGAGCUGCAAAAUGUUGAAAGAUUUGCUGAGGGAGCGCCUGAUCGCGGCCGCCGACGAAAUCUUCCAAUUAUUUGAGCGAACCGUCGCGUCGUACGAGGAGCAACUUUGCCGCGCGCGAGAGGAGAACGAGCGACAUCGACGACGACGACGACGACGUCUGCGAGACCUUCGCGACGCUCCAAAGGUCGCCGGCGCCGUCCGAGAGCCCCCCGCCGUUCAGGAGAAAAAAGAGGAUCCGGAGCCCCCCCUGGUCUUGAAACAGGAGGAAGAGGAAGAGGAAGAGGAGGCCCACGCGACUGCCCAAGAAAACCGGCGACGACUUUGCAGCGGGGGGGCGUCGCCCGACGAGCUCACGGCGGCGUCCUGCGAUGCAGAAGAACUUUGGAGGGGGGCCCGGGGGGGCCCUCCCGUUGAAGGCGACACCGACUGGGAUCUCGCCGACGGAACGGAUCCGGAGGCGGUCUCGGCCGCGGGUCCGAGCGCUGCCCGACGUCAAGAACGUGAAGAAUUCGUUCCCUCGCGCUCGCCCCCCCGGCCCGCCCGCGUCAAAGAGGAAGCGCAGGAGCCGGACGACAGCCCGUCGCCGCUCGCCGUCGUCGUCCUGAAGAGCGAAGACCGCGAGAACGGAGCGCCCGGAGGACGCCGGUCGGCGGAGGCCGGCAAAAACCGCUACGGCUGCUCGGUUUGCGGCAAGAGCUUUUCUCACAAGUGCAACUUGCCCACGCACAUGAAAACGCACACCGGAGAGAAACGCUUCCGCUGCUCGGUUUGCGGUAAGAGCUUCUCUCAAAAGUCGCACGUGAACUCGCACGCCAGGACGCACACGGGGGAGAAACCCUUCCGCUGCUCACUUUGCGGCAAGCGAUUCUCGCAGAAAGUGCACGUGGAAUCGCACACGAAGACGCACACGGGAGAGAAACCGUUCGCUUGCUUGGUUUGCGGCGAUACUUUCGCGGUCAAGUCGAGCAUGGUGUCCCACAUGCGAAUACACGCUGAAGGGAAAUCCUUCGUGUGCUCAGUGUGUGGUAAAAAAUGUCCUCAGAGGGUGCACAUGGAAUCGCACAUGAGAACGCACACGGGUGAGAAACCCUUCACCUGCUCACUGUGCGGCAAAAGCUUCACCUGUAAGGGCAGCCUGAACGUGCACACGCGCACGCACACGGGAGAGAAACCCUUCGGCUGCUCACUUUGCGGCAAAAGGUUCCCGUACAGAAAUAGUCUCAGCGCCCACAUGAACGCACACGUUUUGGCCUGCCCCGUUUGCGGCAUGACGUUUGCUCAAAAGAGAACUUUGACGGCGCACGUGCGCUCACACGACAGACAGUGAACCCUCGCAGCGGACUCACGCCAACGCCAACGCCUUGGCCGUCAGAUGUUGUCAAAGCCUGGGGACUCGUCUCUCCAGACGCACAAAAGACUGUCCUGGGACAAUAGAAGCGCGACGACCGCCAGAAAACUUUGGCUAGCUUUUCCCAGUUCCUCGUAACAAGCUGUAAAACUUGGGCUCGUUUCACCAAAAGCCCCACAUGCUGAGCAAAAACCUUUUCCGAAGUGAAACUCAACUUAAACCAUAGAAACAAAGACGCGCGACUUCUUGUAAAUGAGCGGUUUCAAGAGCAUCCGUCUUAUUUUGCGAGCCGCGUCGUGGCUCUGGUCCGUUUUGCACGCGCCAUCAAAUUCACAGCGGUUGGCGAGAAACGUCCACCUAAGUCUACUAGCCGGCUAGUUGGCACAGCUGCCGGCAAAUUUCCGCGGGCACGGCCGUCGGCGGCCCGCCAGGCGAGAUCGGCGUCUCCGUGGAGUCAAAAUGGCGGCAGUGGUAAACAACACACGUAGAUGUGUCGCAAACACGUCGCGGGAUUGCGGCUCUUGUCGGAAAGACGUGCGUCGAAUCGUUUUGAUUCAGGGUUCCAGAUUAGUUUUUUUUUCAGUUGAUUCAUUCCGAGCUGUCGUUUGUCCCGCUCGGACACGCGACAUUUCUCACCUUCAUCUCCACAAACCGGCGGGAUGUCAUCAAAUGACUUUGGGGCUUGAUCUGUGACUCCAAUGGUAAAAAUAAAAUAUUUCAAUAUUU